UUGUUAGAAUUUCUUUUUAUCUCCUUAUUAUGACUUUUUAAACCUAUUUAUUUUUUAUUAUUUACAGUGAUGUUUAGGUUUUUAAUUUUUAAUAAUUUUUCAUGAGGCGGACUAUUUUUAGUAUUAGAUUCAUAUAGAUUUAUUUUAUUGAUUGUUAUAAGAUUAUUUAUUUUAGGUAUUAUUGUUAUUAGAGAAAAAAAUAAUAAUUUAUUGAUUUUAUCUGAAAUUUUAGUAUUUAUUUGUAUUAUUUUUUUUAUUCCUAGUAAUAUAAUAAUAUUAUAUAUGUUUUUUGAAUUAUCUAUAUUUCCAAUUUUGGUUAUAAUUCUAGGUUAUGGUUCUCAAAUUGAAAAAAUUAACUCCUCUUAUUAUUUAAUAUUUUAUGCAGCUUUUUGUUCAUUCCCAUUUUUAUUUGUAUAUUUUAAGAGUAAUUUUUUAUUGGUUUUUACUUACUAUAAUUUUGUUAUUUCUUGAGAAAUAUUUUUUAUUCUUAGUUUAAGAUUUAUAAUAAAAUUUCCAAUUUAUUUUUUACAUCUUUGAUUACCUAAAGCUCAUGUAGAGGCUCCUACAACAGCUAGAAUACUUUUAGCUGGAUUACUAUUAAAAUUAGGCACAGCGGGAUUUUUACGUAUUUUAGGUAGUUUAAGAUUUGUACACAACAAUGUAUGAAUUUUAAUUGCAUUUUUAGGGAUAAUUUUAGGAUCUUUUUGUUGUGUGUUUCAAAGAGAUUCAAAGGCUUUAGCAGCUUAUUCUUCAGUCACUCAUAUAAGGUUUUUAUUAUUAUCACUGGUAUUUAUCACAAUGAGUAGUAAAAUUAGAAGAGUUAUGCUUAUGCUAGCACACGGUUAUACAUCUACACUUAUGUUUUACCUUAUUGGUGAAUUUUAUCAUACAUCUGGGAGGCGUAUAAUUUAUUUUAUAAGUAGAUUUUUUAGAUCUAGAAUAAUUAUAGGUAUUUUGUUUUCAGUUGUAUUUUUAUCAAAUAGGGGUGUACCACCUUCUUUGUCAUUUUUAUCAGAAUUUUUAGUUAUUUCUAAUAGUAUAUUAAUUAGAAAAAGUAUAUUUGUAAUAAUUUUUAUUUAUUUUGUAGUAUCUUUUUACUAUUCUUUAUUUUUGAUUACAAGAUCUUUAAUAGGAAAAGGUUACCAUAAUUUUAAUACUUGAAAUGUAGGGUUUUCAGCACCAUUAGUCUUAAUAAUAUAUAAUGUAUUUUGAUUAAGUGUGUUUUACUAA